CUCACCUGGGGCUGGGAGACAAGGACAUUUACUUCAUUAAUAUCUCAUUGUUACAUCUGAAUAUGAGCUUUUACCCAGAAUCAUGUCAAAGCUGGAACGCUUUUUACUUUAAUAAUUUAAAGUGUCAACACUGCUCGCACGAAACAAAGCCUCUUGAUUGGUCAUCUGGGAUCUAACGUCAGGAUUCUACCAACAACCUGGAAGACGCGUGCGUGCUUGCCGCGUCCACAGCUUGGCCGAUGAAAACUGUGCCGUGUAUUUUUUACGACUGGUCGCUCCCUUGAAGUGUGCACAGGAGGGUGUAUAUGCUGGACCAAUCGCUUUCGAGGGAAAAUGUGAGCUCAAGGAAUUCCCCACGCAGUGAAAACAGUGUAACCUUAUGUUAGACAGGAGUAAGACACGGAGCUUCAAGAACAAUGCGCUUUUCGUAGUUUUUCCCCUUUUAUGCCAAAGAGAAAGUCGUUUGUAUUCGAGAAGACAUCCUGAACUGAAUCGGAAAAGAGGACUGAGAUGAUGGCACACUACUCAGGAUUGGUUUCAAUGAAAUGAUCGCACCGUGCCCAUCUCCACUUACCCCAUCUUAAACUUUAAACUGCCGAAGGCACAUUUUCUACAUCAUGGCAAAUUGAAAUAGAAAGGUUUAGAUGCCCCAGACGCAGCUGGAGCAGGACCAUUCCCCAGAGCGAGAAGAUCCAGUGUCUCCACUGCUCCAUUGAGUCCUCGGCCACGCUCGCUAUCACAAGUUUUGUAAAAAAUACAGCGUUCCUGCAUCAGAGUACUUCCUGUGCCGAGGAUUGUGGUGUGGAGCAAGGCGGUCCGGGGAGUGUGCAGAGGGGUAGGAACCCUCUGGCUGUCAGCCUGUGCCCUACCUUCUCUCUCCUUACAACACCAUGACCACUGCGGUCCAGUCUAGCGAGCUUGUCUUUGAGUUCGCCAGCAAUGGAAUGGAUGAAAUCAAUCAGCUGGACGACCCUUCGGUGUUCCCGGCCGUGAUCGUGGAGCAGGUGCCUGCCGCCGACCUCAUGCAGGUGUAUUCUGGACUGGAGGCAGAUGAGGUGACAAAUGGCAUCAUGGUGGACGCCAUUCAGGAUGUGGUGGAAGAAAACAUCAUGGGAGAUGUGGGGCUGUCUGUAGAGACCCCAGUCUCAGGCGGAGAGGACAAUAUGGAAACCAUUGUAGCAGCUGAGGCCCUUCUGAACAUGGAGUCUCCUAAUAACAUCCUGGAUGAGAAACGCAUGAUAUACGGGAAUAUGCUGGAAUCCGACAUGACCUACAUUUCCCUGCGGCCAGAGCAGCUCUCAAACGGCUGCAUGGACGUUCACAUGGAUGACGAGACGUCCUCCAUGGAUGAGCUCCCUCACAAGAACCUCUCCAAGCCUGCCAAAAAGAAAGUGCGCAAACCAAGAUCGGUGCGGCCCUGCUCCCCCAUCACCAAUCCAUCUCUCCCGCUGAAGAAAAAAAGCAAAGAGGGCAAAGGUAACACUAUCUACCUGUGGGAGUUCCUUCUGGCCUUGCUGCAAGACAAAAACACCUGUCCUAAAUACAUCAAAUGGACGCAAAGAGAGAAAGGCAUUUUUAAGCUGGUGGACUCCAAGGCCGUGUCUAAGCUGUGGGGCAAGCACAAAAACAAGCCUGAUAUGAACUAUGAGACCAUGGGCAGAGCACUCAGGUACUAUUACCAGAGGGGCAUACUGGCCAAGGUUGAAGGACAGAGGCUUGUUUAUCAGUUUAAGGAGAUGCCCACAGACCUGGUCAUUAUUGACGAGGAUGAUAGCCAGGGGGACGACCACAGCCCCGGGUACGGAGGGCACCGCCCGGCCUCUCACGGACGGAACGUGAACCGCGGCUCAUCGCGCGGGCAGGGUAAAAAUUCUGGAACCAUGCAGGCGAAGUCGGUGAAAAGAGAAAUAAGCCCCAAUAUGAUCAGCAAUGGAAAACAAGCAGACCAGCUGCUGCAGACGGUCCACGUUCUGCAGCCAAAUCAGGGAGCUGCAGUCCCUGCGCCAACACACUCCGUAAGGACUAUUAAUAUGCAAGGCUCUGUUCCCAUGGUCCUCACGUCAGGAGCUCAAGGAAGAGCCCCUGUAACUCUGCAGACCCUUCCCUUGUCUUCUGUUCUGACCACUGGGGAUUCAUCCAGCCAUGCCUCCCCACCUCGGGUCAUUCUCCACACCGUGCCUUCCUCCAGCCCUGGGGGUAAAGAUGUGCUCACCAUCCAGACUGCCUCUCUUACAACAGACAGCAUUCAGCACCAGCAGCUCCUCGUGUCCACGCUGAGCUCAUCCAGCGGGGGGGUCAUCAGCACCACACCACAGCAAGCCGGGUCUCUUAAUGGCAUCACCCGCUUGGUCACCCUCAAUGCAAACGGGCAGCCCGUAGUGGCUCAGCAGCCUGGAACGGUCAUCGCUACUGUCCUGAAGCAAAGUGAACUUCAAGGCCUGCAUGUUAAAGAGGAGAUGUUAGACCCACAGUACUUUCAGUCUCUGGUCAACAGCAACCCCAACAUGACACCGUACUGCAAAGAGGAGAUCGAGGAGGGAAUGGCGGAGUUGAGCUACAGGACUGUGAUCAUCAAUAAUGCAGGUCAGGAGCUGAGCCAGACACUCAAUGGACAUUUGGACCUGGGUCAGCUGGCCAGAAGCCCCAGCGAGGGCCUCACCCCUGUGGAGGAGCUGGAGGUGAGGGGAGAAGUAGCCCUGCAUCCAGAGCCCGAGGCCAAAGAGCUUCUGGAGGUCUCUCAAGAGCUGCAGGAACUGCCGGGAACCAUGCAGAUACAUGCCUCGCACUUCAUCCAGGUAAAAACAGAGCCUGCCGAGACCUAAACCGUCAGAGGAAUGUGGACACAAUCGACCAACACGUGAAAACAGGAUUUUUCAGUGGAGCAGAUGAUCUGUAAUUUAUUGCUCUUGAUUGUUAGAAUCGCCAUUGUGACUGGAAGACUUUUGUAUUGUGAUAUUGUACUCAAAAUUGAACGUUAAGGGAUCGCUAUCGUGAUGUCAUAAAAGCUCUUUCGGCUCGCUCUCUAUUACCCCUUCCGAACCCCGACAAGAGAGCAGCCGUUCUCCAACCAGGGAUCUUCCCACCGUAUGUGCCAGUUGAGAUGUGUCCAUCUCUGCUUAUCUCCACAGACAAAUCCAAAGACUUGAUCCAACACAGGGACCAAAGGAGGAGUGGUGGAUAGCCAAAAUAAAACUAACAACAUACCAUUGACUUGAAAUUAAAAAAUUCAGUUCCUUAUGAGGAAGUAGCAUCUCAUUGGACUUUAAAAUGCCCAGAAGUAUGACUUUUGUAAUAGGACAGAGAGUAUGCCUCGUAGGAAGGCUACGGGUGGUUAAAGCUUUGUUUUGAAAGUGAUGGUUUAAAAGGGAGAAUUAUAUGAUCCAUUCUGUUAACAGAUUUAUGACAUUAUCUCAUCCCCUUAAACAAUACAAACCAUCACACACAAAUCAAAGCCAUGUGCUUUUAUGAAAGUGGGCAUUGCCUGUCCAGAGAGACAGUUCAGGUUGACUUUGUUUGUAUAUAAUAGACUAGAAAGUAUAGUGACAAAUUCCAAAAUCAUCUGCUAAAGUAUUUCCCUGAUUAUAAUCUUGUUCAUAUCACAUGGAACGCAGUAUAUAUAUAUAAAAUAUAUAUAUAUAAAUAUAAUAUACAACCGAGAUUCAAUUUAUGGCCACAAAUUUAUUUAUUUUCUAAAUUCUGUAUAAAAAGUCUUUUUAAACAAAUGCAAAAAGAGGGAAAAUAUGCAGUAUGUAGGGCUAAUUUACCCAUAACAUAAAUAUAUAUAUAUAUAUAUAUUAUGUUUAUCGCAAGCUGUAUUUUUCAAUUCCGAGCAUUCCAUGUAAUCGGCACAUCUUUCAUAUGUUAUCUAUUUUUCCAAUAUAAUGGGAUACAAAGUAGCUUUAUGAGAUUAAGCCUUAUGCUGUUCUUGUUCACUGUGACAUGUCUAAAGCCAUUUUUACAGAGCAUAUGUGCUAUAAAUGCAACGCCCUUUGGUUUUCGCCUUUCAAGCUGUCAUACUUUUACCCUGUUUUACUUUAUUGAUGCAUUUCUUUACACACCAGUUUUUUAGGACAAACAUUUUGUCUCUGGCAAAGCUGGUGCCCUUUGCAACAUUAGAGCGAGAUGCAUCUGCUGUAGAUUCUUGUUAAAUGUAUUUAUUUGUAGCUGAUGUAGUCUUCUGUGUAUGGCUUCCAUUCCUUCCUCACCUCAUUUAUAUCCAAUGAAUCUAGAGCACGCUCUCUUAAUAGCUACAUUUCCACUUGCAGACAGUGUGGAGAUUGCAACUCAAUUGGAAGAAGUGACUGAAGUAGUUGGAAAUAAAUGUGGACUCCCUGACACACCCAGAAGCUAAACAUGGGCAGCAGGCCUCUGCCCCAAACUCUAUUUGACCAACACCGGAGCUGUGCUAAAUAUUGAUGGUUGCGCUGACAAUCGUGGCUACACCUUGUGUAUUAUGCAAUAUUGCGUCAACGAGACAAUCUGUGACCUCUUUGGUAUAAGUAAAUUGUUCCACUGCACUGCACCCUGGCCAGCAUGUGAUCUAUAGACCUGCCUUCUGUAAAAAAAUUUGUUGACCACAGGUUUUAUGAUCAGUCAUUUAUUGAGGGUAAACGUAUGCCAGUGCUUUUUCUAUAAUUCAAUCUUGCCUUUUCUCUAGGCUUACCCUUUGUUUUUAAUGUUCUUAUAGUAGAAUAGAUUUUUUUUCUAAAAAAAAAGACAACCAAAGGAGAAUAUAAUAAAACACAUUUUGCCUUAACAGAAA